UUUGCAUUGUAGAAGCGUUGAGCUGACGUCACUUCUGUUGAGUUGCUGUGAGUGAAGCAGCGGAGAGUCUCUUCAAUCUGCGACCAGACACCAACACAUUCAGUCACACUCCCAUCCGGACUCAUUAUACUGAACACAUUCUCCCUUUAACAUCCCUCAAACUGCGCAAAACUGGGAAGUAAAUUAACAAAGUGUUUUUUUAAAGGAAUACAGCAAUUUUCGACGACAAGGUGCAGAGCAGUGAUGUCACAAAACUGAGGACGGUCUCAUUCAAACAUGGAGUUUGGAGAGCGGCUGGCCUCCCCAUCGUCAGCCCCGUCCUCCCUUCACAUGGCCUCAUCUUCAGCCAGCUCCUCCCCUGCUCCACCCCAGACACCCUCCACAAAGAGCAGCCCGGCCCCGAGCCCCGCAGGCAGCUCCCCUCUCACCACCUGUGGCCAUCUGCUCCAGGUAACCGGGGAUGAACGUCUAAAUAUGUCUGGCAGCUCCAAUGGUUUUCCUCUGGUCAGCAGUCCUGCUUUUGGCCUCUACACGUCAAGUUCAGGCCGCUCUGACUUUGGAGGCCUCGGGACUCUGGGUCUGUCUGCCUUGGCGGCUCACUCCCAGUUUGGUGCAUUUCCAGACUGGUGGCGGCCAUCUGAGGCACAUACCAGAGGAGCACCAGCCUUCUUCCCUCCUCUUCUGGGUCUGCAUCCUGUAUUUGCAUCAGCCUUCAAAAGCCAAGAUCCCAUUCACUUGCAAUCACGUAAAUCAGUUCCCGUAGGCGUAAUUGGAACAGUGAAUGGUAGGAGUGCUUCUUCUCCUACUGGGAACUCUACUGUGAACACCAGUUCAUUUCCAACUAAGGGGAGCACGGAGAAAACUAAAGCCAACAGUAGUCGGAGUCAAAAGAGCAGCCAGGACCUCAGCCAACUGCACCAGAAGAUCAUUCAGAAAACAAAAGAAAAGAAACCCAACAAAAGACCACUGGAGACCUCCAGCAUGAGUGGCAGCCAAUCAGGAUCAUUGUCAGAUAGCUCCAGUGAUGGUGAGGAGAGCAGCAGUGAUCCUGAUGACAUGGAGGAAGAGGAGGAGGAAGACAAUGAUGAAGACGAGGACGAUCAGAGCAAUGACAGUGAGGGCUCUGACUCGGAAAAAGACAGUCACGUGAAAAAGAAAGUGAAGCGGCUGACACAGAACACUUCCGAGAGUAAAAAGAAGAGACCUGGCACCGCCGAUGGAAAUACAACUCAAGACAGUCACGGUGACGCCGUUCCCUCGACUUCCCCGUACCGCCUGCAGUCUUCUCAUCCCUCCGGCCUGUCACAGGCUGCAGCACUGUUCCUCCAAAGCUCCAGGACUGCAGAGGAGGGAGGCCAGCAGCACAUCAGUGUCAUCCAGGCCACGGGGCUGGCAGCCGGCAACGGUCCCCUAGCACCAUCCCACAGGGAGGCUUCUCCUCUGCCGUCCAGGUCCUCACCCAACCCUUUCUCCUUCUCCUUCUCCUUGUCCAGCUCACUUAAACACUUAGACACUUCCAUCUCAUCAAAGCGCUCCUCUCAGUCGUCCUCGGCAACACAACACCGCUCUGUCUUCUCCUCUCCCGAACAUCUUGCUCUCUGUUCCCUUUCAAAGUCUCUGUGUUCCUCACCCAGGCCUCUCUCCCUCUCUUCUUUACCCAGACCACCUACACUGCUAGCCUCACAAAAGCCUCCACAUAAACCCAAAUUCCUGAUGCCCUCUGUGAAGCACGCCCAGCCAGCUGAUGGCACGAAGGAGUGCAGUGGAAACCUGUCGGAGGAAAGAUUGUUACACUUAAACAGAUUUAAGUUAAAACAGCCCCUCCACUCCAAGGACUCCGUGAAACAAGCUCUUUCUCUGGGACCUAAGAGCCAGAACCGCAAUGACAACAACCUGUUCCUGAACCACCACCUUAAUGGAGUGAUGCACAGUGCAGUUCAGGAUGCCCCUUUGGCCCUCAUCACCAAACCCCGCAGCCAGAGGAGCAGCCCCAGUAGUAAGCUCCUCCACCAGGGAGCCGCCAGCCCUCCCUGUCCCAUGCCCAUGAACCUGAGCAUGGGCACUAAGGAGAUGUCAGGCAGCUCCGCUUCCUCACUUAAAUCUUCGGCCUCAUCGGGCCUUGCUCACAAACCGAGGAAGACGAGCACUCCGAAGUGUGUGCGUGCAGGAAAGAGCCUCUCAAAAAGCAACGCAUCCUGUCCACCUCUAGACUCGCUCAGAGGAAGUGAGUCUGAUAUCCACAGCAGCAAGGAUUCAGACGACUCUUUAGGAGACGACUUGGAUGACGAUGAUGAAGAUGAUGAAGAUGAUAUGAAAGAUGAAGAUUCUGGCAGUAGCCUGUCAGAGUCUGAGAGUAAUCUGGACAGUGACUCUGACGGCUCUGAGGAUGAUCUGAAGGAGCAUGGCGAGACAGAAGCAGACAGCGAUGCAGAAAUGAGUCCACUGAAACUCACCAAAGCGUCCUCAUCUUCUCACAAGUCCUCCUCAGACCUCUCGGCCAACUGCUCCCUGCUCAACCUGCAGAUCAUCAAGCCUCCUAGUUUACCCAGUGGCCUCCUAACCUCCGGCCCAGUGACCAGCUCAGGAGCCAUGAGUAACCACAGCAACCGAUCGCCAUCCUUCAUGUUCGCCUCAAUACCAGGCACGGGGAAAAGGAGGAGAGUAACAGAUGAGAGAGUUCUGCGGCUGCCUCUUGAGUUCGGGUGGCAGAGAGAGACCCGAAUCAGGACCGUGUCAGGUCGUCUGCAAGGAGAGGUGGCUUACUUUGCUCCGUGUGGGAAGAAGCUGCGUCAGUAUCCUGAUGUAAUGAAGUACUUACUCCGGAAUGGAAUAACUGAAAUCUCACGGGAUAAUUUCAGCUUCAGUACAAAAAUUAAAGUUGGUGACUUCUAUGAAGCCAGAGAAGCACCAGAGGGCGUUCAGUGGUUCUUGCUGACUGAGGAGGAGAUCGGGCCCAGCAUCAUAGCGAUGGACGGGAGACGCAGCCGUGGUCGCUGCACGCAGUCUGAGCGCCGGCAUUUAGGCGACGGUGCCGGGGCCAGACAGUGGAAGUCUCAUCCUCUUAAUAUUGGUGAAACUAACUUCCAAGAUGUCAGUGAUGCGAAGUUGCUGCGCAAACUGGAGGCUCAAGAGAUCGCUCGGCAGGCUGCUCAGAUCAAAAUGAUGAGAAAACUUGAGAAGCAGGCCAUGGCACAAGCAGCCAGAGAGGCAAGGAAGCAACAAGCGAUGAUGGCUGCAGAGGAGAGGCGGAAAAAGAGGGAGCAGAUGAAGAUUCUUAAACAGCAAGAGAAGAUCAAGCGCAUUCAGCAAAUUCGUAUGGAGAAAGAACUCCGUGCACAGCAAAUUCUCGAGGCGAAAAAGAGGAAGAAAGAAGAAGCAGCCAAUGCCAAAAUAUUGGAGAUUGAGAAGCGAAACAAGGAGAAGGAGAUACGAAGACUGCAAGCGGUCAUACUGAAGCACCAGGAGUUGGAGAGGCAUAGACUAGAUAUGGAGAGGGAAAGACGCAGGCAGCACAUGAUGCUCAUGAAGGCUGUGGAGGCCCGCAAGAAGGCAGAGGAGAAAGAGCGUGUGAAGAAAGAGAAGAAGGAUGAGAAACGGUUAAACAAGGAGAGGAAACUGGAGCUCAGAAGACUGGAACUGGAAAAAGCAAAGGAGCUGAAGAAACCAAAUGAAGACAUGUGUUUAGCGGAUCAUAAGCCACUUCCAGAGUUGUCCCGAAUCGCUGGUUUAGUUCUACCAGGAAGCACCUUCUCCGACUGCCUGAUGGUGCUGCAGUUUCUGCGCAGCUUUGGGAAGGUCCUCAGGUUAGACAUCAAUCCAAACAUGCUCAACCUGAGUGACCUUCAAGAGGGCUUGCUCAACACUGGGGACAGUAUGGGCAAGGUGCAGGACCUGCUGGUGAGCAUGCUCUCUGCAGCUGUGUGUGACCCGGGUAUACCUGCAGGGCACAAGAACAAGACCGCCUUAGGGGACCACCUGACUAACGUGGGGAUCAACCGAGACAACGUGUCUGAGAUCCUGCAGAUCUAUAUGGAGGCUCACUGUGAGCAGACAGAGCUGACUGCCCUGGCCUUCAGCCUCAGGACCAAAGCCUUUCAGGCCCACAGCCCGUCACAGAAGGCCUCCAUGCUCGCAUUCCUGGUUAAUGAGCUCUGCUGCAGUAAGGCUGUGAUCAGUGAGAUCGACAAAAACAUAGAUCACAUGACCAACCUGAGGAAGGAUAAGUGGGUUGUAGAGGGAAAACUUCGCAAACUGAGGAGCAUUCAUGCCAAGAAGACGGGGAAGAGAGACAGCAGCGUGGGGGGAGAGGACAGCCACACCUUCGUCAUCCCCACUGUCAGAAACAAAUGCAAGAGGAAAGAAGGGGACAGUGAGGAGGAAGAGGACGAGGAUGACGACAGUGAAGACCAAGGAGACGAUGACGACGACGAGGAGGAAGAGUCGGGGGGAAAGAAGGGGAAGAAAGCAGAGAUCUGUGAAGAGGAGGACGACAGUGUGCACUCAGCCAGCAUGGAGGAGCUGGAGAGACAGAUAGAGAAAACAUACAAGCAACAGAGUCAGAUCAGACAGAAGUUAUUUGAUGCGUCUCACUCUCUGCGCUCCAUGACGAUUGGACAGGACCGAUACAAGAGACGUUACUGGGUCUUUCCGCACUGCAGCGGCAUCUUCGUGGAAGGCAUGGAGAGCGGAGAAGGUUGUGAAGAGGCGGAGAAGGAACAGACAAGACAGAGCUCCGCUCAAGUGACCAGGAUAAAAGAAGAAGAGCCUGAAGAGACUAAGAAGCCAGCGGUCUGCAGCCCCGCGCAGAGCACAGACGGCAGUAUAACCACACCAGAGAGCCAGCAGGACAAGGACAGCCUCAAUCUCUUCCUCCAGAAACCUGGCUCCUUCUCAAAGCUCAGCAAACUCCUUGAAGUUGCCAAAAUGGCUCAAGAUUCAGACAUCAAUUCUCACAACAGUCACUCUGCUAAAGUCCCCACCACUGCACCUUAUCCUUCAUAUCCCACCUCUCAGACAGCCACUAUGCAGCAGGGACUGAUGGAUAAAACAGAUACUUUAGUGCCAUCUCUGCUUAACGCCCCCCAGCUCAGAAGUAGUCCCUGGAUAACCUGCAGCCCGCAGUCUAUCCUCCACGACGACCAUCCCUCCAAGAUCCUGAUGGAAAAGAGCAACCAGUGGUUUAGCCUCCUGCCUCGCUCUCCUUGCGACGAAUCCUCCUUCACCUCCGGCUCCAGCCCUCCAGCCUCCUCCUCCCCACUUCAGAACACCAAAUCCCCCUCCUCCCUCUCCCCUAAUCCUCGAGCUGCAGCCAGUUCCAGUUCUCCUGCUGGGAUCAAUAACAUGCAGCCGUCUGUCCUUCAGCAAAAGUCUGGCAUUCAUCAAAGCAGACUGACCCAGUGUGACGUGUCCAGUCCCAGUAUGCGCUUCUCUGGUCUCUGGACUUCACUACCCCCCAUGCAGGAUCAGGAAUCCCAGCAUGCAGAGAGUAAUGACAGCAGGGUCCUCUUCCUGGCAAAUAACAACUCUGUCAACAAGAGUGAGACCCCAGAGCCCCUGAGUGACAGGCCUGAUAGUGGCUCAUUCCCCGCUGUGGAAGGGGCCAAAACCCAGGACUACCCGAGUCCUCAGCCGAUCCCCGAGGAGAUGCUGUGUGGCUGGUGGAGGGUGGCAGACAGGGAGGAACUGCACAGUCUGGUCACGGCCCUCCACAGUCGAGGCAUCAGAGAGAAGGCCCUGCAGAAACAGAUCCAAAAACAUAUGGAGUAUACCACCCAGCUCUGUGCCAACAGCAAAGAUGGGAUCGAUGUGGCAAAGCUGGAGAAGCAGGAGGUGAAUGAGGAGACCGUGGCCACUUGGUGUGUUGAGGAGCAGGCCAUGGAGGUGGACAUCAGCCUGCUGCAGCACGUCGAGGCUCUGGAGAGGAAAGUCGUCUCUGCUGGCCUUCAGGUCAAGGGUUGGAUGUGUCCCGAGCCCCAGUCAGAACAAGAUGAUCUGGUGUAUCAUGAACACAAGCUCUUAUCUUCCCCUGCUCCAGAGAAGAAAGGACAGAGGGAAACCAGCCAGGAGGAACUUCCUGGCACCAUAGUGCGACGGCCCGACAAUCCCCUUGAUAUAGCUGUCAUCAGGCUGGCAGAGCUGGAGAGGAACAUCGAGCGAAGCAGUGAGGAGGAGGUGGCGCCGGGGAUGAAGCUGUGGCGUAAAGCCAUCAAUGACGUCCGCAGCUCAGCUCAGCUCUCACUCUGCAUUCAGCAGCUGCAGAAGUCCAUCGCCUGGGAGCGAUCCAUCAUGAAAGUGCACUGCCAGCUCUGUCGAAAGGGGGAUAAUGAAGAACUGCUGUUACUCUGUGACGGCUGUGACAAAGGCUGCCACACUUACUGCCACAAACCCAAGAUCACCACAGUACCUGACGGGGACUGGUUUUGUCCCACUUGUGUAGCGAAGGAGAGCGGUCAAUCCCCACGGAGCAGGAAUCAACAGAGCCGAACAGCUGGAGGAGGGAAGAAAGGCAGCGAGGUAAAACGAAACAGCAAGCCAUCUGUGGUAGGAGAGCUCAUCAAAGAAGAGGCUGCCAGCAGCAACAUCGUGCCAAAGAGAGGUACCAAGGAGUUCAAAAAGAGAAAAGGAGACGACAGCCCGCCCAGCUCCCAGUGCGGCCAUGACAGCCCUGUGUCUUGUGGGAAAAAAGCCAAAACGGCCAAAGACAACAACACAAAUGGGCUGGCGACAUGCCGAGUGCUGCUGGCUGAGCUGGAGGCCCAUCAGGACGCUUGGCCCUUCCUCACGCCUGUCAACCAGAAAGCCGUCCCUGGAUACAGAAAGGUCAUCAGGAAGCCGAUGGACUUCUCCACCAUCAGAGAGAAGCUCACCAACCACCAGUACUUGAGUUUGGAAACUUUCAUCGUUGACGUGAACCUGGUCUUUGAUAACUGUGAAAAAUUUAACGAAGAUGAUUCGGAAAUUGGACGAGCCGGCCACAGCAUGAGGAGAUUUUUUGACAAACGAUGGACUGAACUGCUGGAGUAAAGCAUUUCCAGCGUUGACCUUCUACGCUCCUCUCUACAUAUCAAACUUCAUUUUCGGUGUAAGAGGCCUUCUCUUCACCUCAGACACUAAAUCAAUAAAAAAAAGUUCUAAUAAUAACACUGACGUGCAAUGUGAAAGGACAAAUUCUCCUGCUGAGAAAACACACUUCAUGGAUUCGUAUCUUAAAGUGCAAUACUGUUUUCUUUAUCAAAACGCACUGACUCUUGGACUCAAUAUUGUAUUUGGGAAUUAAAUAUUUCCACAGUAGAUAGGCCUUUGGCUUUUUUUUUUAUAUCAUCAGUACUUUAGUGUAUAUGUGUGUAUUUAUUUUCUCAAGUAUUUAUGUCCACUCAGUCUUUUCUAAGAAAACGUAGGAAAUGGCAACCAGCUUUAAAAAAAAAACAACAACAACUAAAGAUUGUUUAAUGGACUUUUGAACAAGCCAAUCAAAAAGAUAAUUGUUUACAGCUUUUUGACUGUAGGGUGCCAGCAGUAUUACUGUAAGUCUGGAAGUUAAGUGUGUAAAGUACAAGGAGGUAUCACUGUCAUUAUUUACAAGUCUUAUUUCUAACAUGUAUAGAGUGUACAUACAGUACAGUCUUACUGUUGAUGCAUAAGGAUGAUUGUAGCACUUAUUAUGUCUUAUAUUGUACUUUGCCUGUGCUGAAUAUCCACUCAACACACUGUGGUCUCCUCAGUAUUGUAGUGCCUGACCUCUGACCUCUAAACACUGUUUGGAGGAGUGUGUUUGUCUUCUAUUUUCAGUGUGUGUGUGGGUGUGUGUGGGUGUGUGUGUGUCCUGCACACUAUACUGUAGGAAACCCUCACACAAAAUGUAAAGAUCUUUACAGCGUCUCCUCUGAAAAGAAUCGAUGUGGUGCAUAUAGUGUGUUUCAUCUCCAAGCAUUUCCUUCAGCCAGAGUCUUGUCAGACAUCCUGCGGACAGACGUGAAACCUGCACUGGGCUUUAAUCCAGCUGGGAGUCAGACAGUGUCACGGUCCACCGGAGGCAUCUCAAGACAGCUGAAGUCAGAAGACUUGAAGUAACUGUAUUUUAUUAUGAAUAUUGUGAAAUGAGUAGCGACUUUUGUGGGAAUAUUAUUUUUGAAUAGUGGGUGUGUGGCACAGAUAAAAUAAACCUGUUUUUCAAAUGAA